AUGACCGGAACCGAGCGAAAAGUCUUCCAGGUACGUAAAAGAUCUGGAAAAAUCGAUUUUCUCAGUAGAAAUUUUAAAAUAAUUAACUUUGCAGAAAUACUACCCACCGGACUUUGAUCCGUCGAAAAUACCAAGAGCUAAAGGACAGAAGAACAGGUACGAAGCUUAUUUCAUCGAGAUUUUGUCGAAAAAUUACCAAAAAAUCGAUUUUUCAGACAAUUCGUUCAACGUGUCAUGACGCCGUUCAAUAUGCAGUGUAAUACGUGUCACGAGUACAUUUAUAAAGGUAACUAAUCGUCGAGAAAUUCCUAAAAAUCUUCAAUAAUUCAUUCCAGGCAAAAAGUUCAACAUGAAGCGCGAGACGGCGGAAGGAGAGACGUAUUUGGGCCUGAAACUGUUCCGUUUUUACUUCCGCUGCCCGAAUUGUCUGGCCGAAAUCACUUUUAAGACGGAUCUCGAGAAUUGCGAUUAUCAGAAUGAGCACGGAGCGACUCGGCUCUUCGAAGCCGUCAAGGUAUCGUUUAUUCGGUCAAAAAUCUUGUUAGAGAACACGAAAAAUGGCUUGUUGCUAGUAGUUGGGACUCAGCUUCGGCAUAUCUGAACGUUUUUUGUCAUUUUCACCGUUCUCUCGAUAGUUUUACCUGAAAAAUCUGUCAUUUCUGUCUUUUCCGCUUGAACUUGAAUCAUUGUUCGCCAAAAUUGGCGCUCAAAAUAGUUGGUCGUCAACGGUUGCAAAUUUCGGAGCAUUUCCUGAACUCGCUCCGCUUUUUCCCGCUUUUCCGCCUCGAAAUCGUACUCUAACGGCUUUUCCGGCUCCAAUUUGUGCAUCGGCUCGACGUCCGGGCUCUUUUGAGCGAAAUGAGCGGUCAGAAGGUGCCGGGGGGACGGGGAAGGUAGAGGGGUCUGAAAAAUCGAAAAUUUCCGCAAAGAUGCUUGAAUUGCUUUAAAAGUAGUGGUUUUUGGGCGUUUUUGGACUUGUUCACGUUCUCCGGCUUCAAAAAGGCUAAAAUACAGUACCGGAAAGGCGACAGACGUGUAAAUGCUCGGAGAAGAGCUCGAACUGCCUGGGAACGGAGCCGAGUACGAAUAGACGACCGGAACUCGAGUUUCCAUUUCUUCUUCUGCAAUUUUACCACGCUUUCGGCUCGAAAAACGGCAGAAAUGGAGCCUAAUUAGAGGGUACGUCAAGUGGAAGAAAAACGAAAAAAAGUGGGAAAGGAGGAGCGGCCGUGGAGAUGACGACGGCCGUUGGGACGGAGAUUGAUGAAUGAUGAUGGUGUGGAAAUGGAAAGGAAAUAACGCCGAGCCAAAGAGAAACGGGAUAUAGUAGCUUUUUUGGACGGGGGAGGACGAGAAACAAGUAUUCGAAAAGCUGGUCGGGUUGAUGAGACAAGAAAGAAAACGGAGGCCGCCCCAGGAUUUUCGAAGUCGUCUCGAAGUCUGAAGUUUUGAGCCCCUUUCCGUAAUCCGAUCGGACCCAAACUUUGCAGGCUUCUUGGGCUUGGAUUGAAGUAUAUUGGGCCCAAGUUUCAGACCGAUCGGAUUAUCCGGUCCCGAGAGAUCCCGGGUUUUUACGAAUCCGGAUUAUGAUUCGAACUGGGAUUUGCAGCACUUGAUAAACGAUUUCUGAUCAGAAUCUGUGAUCUUACCGGACUCCAGUUGAGCAAGAAGUCAAAUGUUUGAACAAAGCCGACAGAUCAGGCUCAAAAAGCGUAAUCUUGUCACUUUUCCGGCCGUUUUUGGCUCCUGAACCUUCUGAAGCCAAUAUCCUGCUCGAGGAAAUGAGAUUUUCGGUAGUCAAGUCACCCACACGGAAAUUAAAGUAUUGAUGAUCACGGGACUGACCAGAAACUAUAAAAGUUGCGGGCAGAAAAUAGAAAAACAGAGUUGGCAACUGGAGAAAAGUGGAAAAGAGCCUUCCUUAGGUGACCUAAUUAUAUUGUGCUUUUUUGAGCACUCUGAUUAGUCAGAGCUCUCAAAAAUAGCCGCAUUUUGAGCGAAAAGGGAAAUGUGGGUCAAAAUUCACGAUAUUCCGCAUUUGCAGCUCUACCAAGACCAGCAGAAACGGGCGGACGAACAAGAGGCGGAAGACGCGAAGGAUCCGAUGAAAAUGUUGGAAAAACGGACGAUGCAGUCGAGACAAGAAAUGGAGGAGAUGGGCAAUCUGGAGGACCUGCAGGAGACGUCGCGCACCAAAGAGGCCAUCGAUACCAUCGGAUUUCUGGCCGCCACCGACCCGCAUCUGGCACAGGCCGAACGCAUCCGACGCAUGGAGCAGGAGGACGAUCGCGUCGCCAGGUACCGCUUUUUCAAGCCAUUUUGGCCAUUUUUUUGAGCUUUCAGUAUUUUCGCAACCGGUGUAUUAUAGCACCUGCAUUAGAAAAGUUAAAAGUGUUCGAUGUUUUAGAGCUGACCCAUCAAAUUUGGAAUAUUUCUGUAAAAUUUCCAGGGAAUUGCUGGGAAUCACGGCGGAAGGACGCAUCGAACGGCGCCUAAAAGACGAAGAAGAAGAAGAAGAAGAAGAAGAGAAGGAAGCGGAAGGAGGAGAGGAAGCGGAAGAGAAAGAGGGAGCGAGCAGCAGCGGCGGUCCCGCUCGGAUGCUGAAACCGGCCAUUCCGAGGCUCGGCGACGACACUGCGCUUUCACGCAAAAGAAACGAACAGCGGGAACGGUUCGCCGGCAUUCGUAUCGUCAAGAAAGCAAAGGUAAAUGAAGAGGUUUCAGUCAAAAAGUGAAAUCGAUUCCUUUAAAAAAUACACGAAAAAUGACGCCUUUCGCGACUUUUUCGUAGCGAUAAAACACGCAUCAACUUUCUGGCGCUUUAUGCCUUUUUCCACAGUUUCUAGAAAAUGGUGUAUUUUUGCAGCCGUCCGAACCAGCGGGACCGUCUACGUCUUCAUCUUCGGCUCCAAAAGCUCCGGCUCCGUCGGGACUCUCACUUCUCGCCGAUUACGGAUCCGGAUCAGAUUCCGAUUAA